AUGUUCCAACUCCAUCUCCCACUCCUUCACAAGACCCAACACAAAGCACCAUACAACAACAACAACAACAACAACAACAACAACAACAACAACAACAACAACAACAACAACAACAACAACAACAACAACAACAACAUGAAAUUUAUUCAUGGAACCCGCGUCAGAGCGAACGACCAUCCGAUUGAGGACCAAGAUGAGUCCAAUGUUGGCGUAGUAAAGAAGAUUUUCUUACCUCUAACGCGGGUUCCAUGA